AUGGCUUCAAACAUAUCAUUAGAUGCUGCGUGUUUACUGUCAUUAGCACUGGAGGGCGUGGCAUAUGGUUUUUCAAUCCUCAUGUUUAUUGGUACUAUCUGGGCUUUGGCCUACAAACAGCGCAUACAGGAUGUCAGUCGCCCAAUCAUUAUGGUGGCCAUCCUGCUGUUCAUACUGAGUACUGCGCACAUGAUCGUGAAUAUCAUUCGUGUUGAAGAUGGACUGGUGAAGUAUCGCGACACAUUCCCGGGUGGGCCAGUGGCGUUCUUUGCCGACCCUUCUCAAUACACAUUUACGAUUGGGAAUGUGUUAUACGGCUUGCAAACUUUACUGGGUGACGGGGUAUUGAUUUAUCGCUGUUAUGUUGUAUGGCAAUCAGUCUGGGUCAUUGUCGUACCGAGCAUGCUGUGGUGCAGUAUUGUAGUGACUGGUGUUGCUAGCAACUACACUUUUUCGCAAAUCAAAAGUGACUCCAGUCAAAUCUAUCAAAACGAGCGUGUGGUACUUGUACAUUGGGUUAAUGCAUUUUACAUCUCGACUAUUGCAACAAAUUUGUUGAGUUCAGCGUUACUUGCAUAUCGCAUCUGGAACAUCGAACGUGCUGUCUCUGGAGUUCGUGUCGGGAAGAACAAUAUGAUGCCAAUCGCGCGCCUGCUUGUGGAUUCUGCUGUUUUGUACUCUGUGGCGCUCUUGAUCGCAUUGAUCACUAAUGCACUUUCGAACGAUGGACAGCUUGUUAUACAGGAAAUGCUCACGCCCAUCAUAUCGAUCACCUUCUAUAUGAUCCUUAUUCGUGUUGUAAUCAACAGAAAGCACAGUCAUCUCUCGACUAUGGGCCCGGGAAUGACCAAUGCAACAGACACAGGCACUUUGCAGCGGUAUCCUAUGCGGCCCUUGCAAUUUUAUAGAUCCAAAUUCACGCGCUCGAACCUGACGCUGCAAAGACUAGGCGAAGACCUUCCCAAGCAAAACGAUGUGGGGGCACGUAAACAUUCCCAGGCUGUGGCAUAA